UUGCUGUUAGAAAGAGCAGACCGGCAUGAGGCCGAAGGGGCGGGGCUCUUUCCUAUGACGCCGAGGGAGUGACGUCAACAAGGUAAUAAGUAGUUGUCCUGCUCCCCCGGUCUGUUUCGUGUCUGUGUGUGAAGUCCGCGGCGGAUAGAUUGAAAAAGAAAAGCACAAACGUUACCGUGUGAUUGUUCGCCCGGGACUCAUUUCAAAAAGCAGCAGACAUGGAGGUCACCGCAGAGGCCAAGAGGAUCAUGGUCGUGGCUUUGGGGAAACUGUACAGCUCCCGCACCCAGCGAGGGGGUCUCCGUCUCCACCGAAGCCUCCUCCUGACGCUGGUCAUGAAAUCCGCCCGGGACAUGUACCAUGCGGCCCAGGCAACGGCGGAGUGUGUGGCCGCAGGACACGAACAACAACAACAGCAGGAGCAGCAGUCUACGGCCGAGGGGACCACGGAGUCCCCGGGCGCCCAAAUGGAGCUCCAGGUCACCGCACCGCUCGACCGCGCAAAGCCUCCGAGUUCAACCCGGGAGGAGUUCGUAUCCCGCGACGCGGAGAACAAGCAGAACAAGCAGAACAAGGGGAACAAGGAGAACCUGUGCCCGGGCGGCACCGCGCAGCGCUCCAGGAAGAGACGCGGCAAAGCGGCCACGGAGCCGGACUUCCUGCCUUGCAAGAAGGCCAAACUUGAGCAGGCGACGUGUCCCCUGCAGCUCGGCGGCGUGAAUCCGCUGUGGCUGGACUAUGCGAGUUGCAGCAACAUACUGGGAGCACCCCCGCCCGCCGUGCCGGUGCACAGGGCCAUUGCAGCGUGUUGAAACCUGGCGCACGUGAGAUAAAGCGGAUCAACUCAAACGGCGCGGCGGGGCCCCCCCCCGACCGCGGGUCGGCCGGACAGACGGAGACCCGGGAUGGUGACUAGCGUGCGUGUGUGUGCUCUGGAAAGUCCCGAGCAGGACUCUGAACACGCGGCGGCAUGUUUACGGGAACCACCCGAAGAAGCCCAGUGGUGCGUAAAGGUUCCGGGGACUUUUUGGCCUCAGUGCAGCUGGGGAGGGCGGAACUGAAUCGAUCAAUCAAUCAAUCCGGAUGGCUGCCUCGAUGAAAAUGUACAAGUACAAAUGUAACAUUUUGUGAGAGUGGGGACCAGUGCUGAUUGCAGAAAAUGGAAAUGUAAAAUGACAACUACCUCAGUAUUUAUUAAACAUUUUUUGUACUGAA